AUGGAGCCUAUGGAGGAGGAGGAAGAGGAGAAGAAGGAGCAGGAGCAGGAGGGGGAAGAGGAUGGGGGGUGGAUGACUUGGGAAGAGGAAUCCAAGACAAACCACUCGCAAAAGCCCCGUCUUCAGCCCAUGAUCCGUGUCAAAGUGCCGUUUGCGCGCGUGGAACCCAACAAAAAACACGCAAGAGUCCCCAUCCGCCAUCUCCAUACCUCAAAGUGCUUGUUUCGCCGCCUCUCCGCUGGCUUACACGAGCUGCCUUACGCGUAG